CAAUGCCACGUCAACCGCGGUUUGGUGUGCGUUUGCAUCGUGCACCAUUCAUGCCGAUGACAUCAGCGCAAGUUUCCAUGUAUCUGAUGGGAACCAACAACGCAAUACACACACACAACACAUGGGCUGCUGGUGUUUAUGAUUGUGGUGCACACGUUCACACGUUUCCCCCUUUGCCGUGCAUUUUCUUUAUUCAACACCACCAUCUUCGCUCACCUCACUUUCCCUUGUGCCCUUGGCGACCGUGCUGGUCCCAUCGUGACACACACACACACACACACACACACACACACACACACACACACGCACACACACACACAUCCACACACACACACACAUAUACACACACACGCACACGCACACACACACGCACACAGAUCUGCGCCCACUUCCACCCACUCCGCCGACAUCCAGCAUGACAACAGUAAUGAGCGAGCAGAACCAGGUUGAGAACCCCCACACACACGUGGACGCGCUCAAGGAUGAGCUGAGCGAGGCCCGCCACCGCCUCAACGACUUUGUCGCCUACGGCAUCGGCGGCCUCCCCGUGCGUAAGGAGUCGAUGCUCUUUCACGAGGUCAGCUGCAUGGUGCGCCGCCCGCCCUUCACCCGCACGUCGCGCCGCAAGAACGUGCUGAAGAGCGUGGACUUUCCGGAAGGGUGCGAGUACGACGAGGCCGUCGUCGACAGACCGCUCCGCGUCAUCCCCGAGGCGCUGCGGCAGCAGACGCACAGCUUCGGCUUCAACGCGCUUGAGAUGACGCCGUCGCAGAUGCUCGCGCACUGGUUCAUCAUGUUCCAGGAGUACGACCUGCUGUCCAAGUACAAGAUCCACGGCGAGACGCUUCGCGACUACUUCCUCACCGUGCACAACGCGUACCGCACCAACACAUACCACAACUUCAACCACGCCAUGGACGUGGCCCAGUUUGCCUUUGCGCUCUUUGCCAACUCGGAGCAGCUGCGCACCAAGCUCUCCUCCCUCGACAUCCUGUGCUGUCUCGUGCUCGGGCUCGCACACGACAUGGACCACCCCGGCGUCAACAACGCCUUCCUCGUCAAGACGCGCGACCCCGUCGCCAUGCUCUACAACGACCAGUCUGUGCUGGAGAACGCACACGCGGCGUCCCUCUUCCUCAUGUUCCACAACAAGCCCACGUGCAACGUGCUGGCCAACGUGGAGGGCGACGAGUACUCGCAGGCGCGCAAGACCAUUCUCCGAGGCAUCCUUGCCACAGAUAUGGCCCGCCACUUUGCCCUCGUGAAGGAGAUUUCGGCGCACCAGUCGCUGACGGAGGUGGAGGAGGUCCCUGAUGACGUGCGCAUGUCCCUCAUCGACUGCAUCGCAAAGUCCGGCGACAUCUGCCAUCUCGUGCGGCCGUGGCCCGUGGCCAAGGCGUGGGAGGACCUGGUGAUGGAGGAGUUCUUUGAGCAGGGCGACUACGAGAAGCAGCUGGGUAUGACGCCCGACGGGCUCUUUGACCGGGAGAAGUGCAAGGUGGCCAACUCGCAGUGCUGGUUCUACGACAACAUGGGCAAGCCGCUGUUCAAGGCGCUGGAGCACCACGUGCCGACCACCGCCGCAACCCUCCUCGAUGUCAUGCAGGCAAACGUCUCAAAGUGGAAGGAAAUGUGCUGAGCUGGUGUGGGGUGGGAGGUGGUGGUGACGUGGAUGUGAUGUGGAUGGUAGAUGGAUGACGGGUGAUGGUGUAGGUGGCAAUCGUGUGCUGAUGUGAGAUGGGAUGUGUGGCAAAACGUGCACACACACACACACACAUGCAUGCUUGUGCACACGCUGCUACUGCUGCUGCUGUUGAUAUGGAUUUGGAUUGGAUGAGUGCUGGUAUGCUGACUGGAGCGAACUAGAACGUGCUGGACAUUGUGGUAUUGCUGCUGUUUGUUUCCAUGCUUCAACAACCCCUUCUUUUGUUUCUGUGUUGUUGUUUGUCCUUACGGAAUUGGUGUGUGUGUGUGCGUGUUUGUGAGCGUGCGUGUGUGUGUGUGUGUGUGUACAUGUGCGUGUACAUGUGCGUGUGUGUUGUGGAAUUGAUGGAAGAAGUGAAAGCACAAGCAAAACUCGUCAAGUCG